UCUAAUAAAUAUUGUACAAAAAUCUUAUAAUAUUAUCAUAUUAUUUCGGAAAUAUCAAAUACUAAUUUUGAGUAAGCUAAACUAUGGAAUUUUGUAUUCAUAACCUUGCAACUGGAUUAUUAUUUUGCGAAUUGUGAACUGUCAAAAUAUUAACAUAACCUUAAAAUAAUAAAUGUAAACACUCGCAGAUGUUUCUUAAACUUCAUUUUUUACAAGAGGCUUAUUCGAUUAAUUUAAAAUGAGUAUAGAUGAUGUAAUAGCGAAAUCUUCGUUUUCUAUGUUGGAGGGUAAGAUAGACGCCCGAAUCCUUAAAGUAUUAAAAUCAAUGGGAUUCGAAAGACCUACGCGAAUUCAAGCGGAGACUUUACCCCAUUUGCUGCAGCAAAAGGACCUCAUCGGUGCUGCAAAAACUGGAAGUGGAAAAACCUUAGCGUUUCUUAUACCCAUAGUAGACAAUUUGAUUAAACAUAAGAUAACUCAAAAACAUGGUACAUUCUGUAUAAUUCUGUCUCCUACCCGUGAGCUGGCACUGCAAACAUUUGAUGUACUUACAAAGCUGCUAGUCGAGAUUGAUUUAUCGCAUUGUUUAAUUGUUGGAGGUGAGAAAAAGGCUAAGGAUGUGAUAAAGCUACAAAAAGGUGCAAACAUCGUAGUAAGCACUCCCGGUCGUUUAUUAGACCAUAUGCAAAAUACGGAAAAAUUCAAUUUCAAAAAUCUAAAACAUUUGAUUGUGGAUGAGGCUGACAAAUUGCUUGAAGCAGGUUUUGAGAAACAUGUCAAUGGGAUAGUUCAGUUGCUGCCAACAAAUAGGCAAACAGUACUCUUUAGCGCUACUAUUGAUAGCAAAGUUAAGAAUUUAGCAAGAUUAGCGUUAAGAAAUAAUCCUGUGCACAUCUCUGUCAAAGAUGACACAAUAUCAACAGUGUCAAGAUUGCAGCAAGGGUAUUGUAUAUGUCCUGUAGAGCAAAGACUGGCAUGGUUAUACAAAAUGUUAAAGAAAAGUAAAAAGUUCAAAGUCAUGGUGUUCUUUUCAUCAUGUAAAUCGGUAGACUUCCAUUAUGAAUUCUUUAAAAUGCAUUGUAAAGCAACAGUAUUGAGUAUACAUGGUAAACAGAGUCAAGCUAGAAGGAAAGAAGCGUACCAUAGUUUCAUAAAAGCAAAAAACGGAGCAUUAUUUUGCACAGAUGUAGCUGCAAGGGGCUUGGAUAUUCCAUGCGUGGAUUGGAUUGUACAGUACGACCCACCCACUGACCCUAAGGAGUAUAUUCAUCGAGUAGGUCGCACUGCCCGUGGAUUAAAUAAUAAAGGAAACGCAGUUAUCUUACUCAGGCCAGAAGAGGAAGAAUUUGUAAAGUUUUUGGAAAAAGAAAAAGUUUAUUUAGACAAAUAUUCGUUUGGUGAUCCUCCAGGCGAAGUUCAAGAAAUGGUAGAAGAUAUUGUAAUUAAAAACGGGGUGUUUAAGAUUUUAGCGAGAAAAGCAUUUCUUUCAUUUUUGAGGUGUUACAACAAACACCCUUUGAAUAAAAUUUUUAACAUAAAUAACAUGGAUUUGAAAUCAGCGGCAAAAGCAUUCGGUUUUCGGGAACAGCCCGACGUCGACUUCCUAAACAACAAGAAGAGGUAAAAUGAAGAUCAGAGGCAUAAUAUUGUUACAAUAUUUGGAAACAAAUUCGACCUUAUAUGACAGCAGUGGUCAUUGACUAUCGAGUUAUUGACACAGAUAUCAAAUAUUUGAUGAUUUAUCUCGAGUUUCUAAAGGAACAAGGUUGUAAAGCGAGUUAUCGCGUGUUGCAAAA